GCUUCUUUAUUACUUCUCUUUUACGAGAAAUUGUUCAAUCAUGGCGGCUUCCGUUGAUAAUCGACAAUUCAGGCGCCUUGAAACGGCUUUGAAUGGUGUUUUCACCCCGUUGAAGCCCGGUCCAAUUGCCCAGACCCACCGCCAUGUCAAACAUGUUUUUGUUGAUCAUGAUUACGAUGACUCUUCCAGUGAAGACGAAGGAAAUGAGUUCAACCACUACAAAGACAUGAUCCUCAAGUCCGAUAACGAGCUCGAACCUUCCGUCUUGGACUCUCGAGAUGAAGCCACGGCCGAUAACUGGAUCGAGCGUAACGGUUCUAUGGUCCGUCUCACUGGGAAACACCCUUUCAACUCCGAACCACCCUUGAACCGCCUCAUGCACCACGGCUUUAUCACCCCCGUUCCCCUCCACUACGUCCGUAACCACGGUUCGGUUCCCAAAGGUUCAUGGGACGACUGGACCAUUGAAAUCACCGGCUUAGUUAAAAAACCGAUGAAGUUGACGAUGGACCAACUCGUUAACGAGUUCCAGACCCGUGAGUUUCCCGUGACCCUGGUUUGUGCCGGUAACAGACGUAAAGAACAAAACAUGGUGAAACAAACUAUAGGUUUCAAUUGGGGAGCUGCCGGGAUUUCCACUUCGGUGUGGAGGGGUGUACCAUUGCGUGACGUGCUCAAAAGAUGUGGGGUCUUUAGCAAGAAACACAGCGCCCUGAAUGUGUGCUUCGAAGGUGCCGAGGAUUUACCGGGAGGCGGUGGUUCCAAGUACGGAACUAGCAUCAAGAAGGAGUUCACCAUGGACCCUUCUCGUGAUAUUAUCUUAGCUUACAUGCAAAACGGGAAGCCUUUGACUCCCGAUCACGGAUUCCCGGUACGGAUGAUCAUCCCCGGGUUCAUCGGUGGACGAAUGGUGAAAUGGUUGAAGAGAAUCAUCGUCACCACCCAAGAAUCUGAGAAUUAUUAUCAUUAUAAAGAUAACAGAGUACUUCCUUCGCACGUUGAUGCAGAGCUAGCCAACGAAGAAGCUUGGUGGUAUAAGCCGGAAUACAUCAUCAAUGAGCUAAACAUCAACUCAGUGAUAACGACACCUUGCCAUGCAGAGAUCCUGCCAAUCAACUCGUGGACCACUCAAAGGCCAUAUACUUUGAGGGGCUACACAUAUUCCGGGGGUGGGAAGAAGGUGACACGUGUGGAGGUUACUAUGGAUGGUGGAAAAACAUGGCAAGUAUGUACACUGGACCACACUGAGAAACCAAACAAAUAUGGGAAAUUCUGGUGCUGGUGCUUCUGGUCCCUGGAGGUCGAGGUUCUUGAUCUGCUCGGAACCAAGGAAAUUGCGGUUCGAGCCUGGGAUGAGACGCUCAACACUCAGCCCGAGAAGCUCAUUUGGAAUGUCAUGGGAAUGAUGAACAACUGCUGGUUCCGUGUGAAAACAAACGUAUGCAAGCCGCACAAAGGAGAAAUCGGGAUUGUUUUCGAGCACCCGACGUUGCCGGGCAACCAAUCCGGUGGAUGGAUGGCUAAGGAACGACACCUUGAAAAAUCAACCGAUGCGAACCCCACUUUAAAGAAGAGUCUUUCAUCUCCCUUCAUGAACACUGCCUCCAAAACAUUUUCAAUGUCGGAAGUUAAGAGACACAACUCCGCCGAUUCGGCUUGGAUCGUCGUUCACGGUCACAUCUACGACUGCACUCGAUUCCUCAAAGAUCACCCCGGUGGCGCCGAUAGUAUUUUGAUCAACGCUGGAACUGAUUGCACUGAAGAAUUCGACGCAAUUCACUCUGAUAAAGCCAAGAAACUACUGGAAGAUUUUCGGAUCGGAGAGUUGCUCACGAUGGGAUAUGGUUCCGAUUCAUCGACAUCAUCGCCGAAUACUUCCGUGCACGGGGCAUCGAACAUGAUGAGCUUUUUAGCUCCAAUUAAAGAAGUUGUGCCGACAAGACCCGUGGCCUUAGUUCCACGAGAGAAAAUCCCAUGCAAACUCGUCGAAAAAAAAUCAAUCUCACACGACGUUCGCUUGUUUAGAUUUGCAUUACCAUCGGAAGAUCAACUGCUGGGAUUACCCGUCGGUAAGCACAUAUUUUUGUGUGCCACGAUCGACGAUAAGCUCUGCAUGAGGGCAUAUACCCCAACAAGCAACAUCGAUGAAGUAGGCCACUUUGAUCUAGUAGUCAAGGUUUAUUUCAAAGGGGUGCACCCCAAAUUCCCCAAUGGAGGACUGAUGUCACAGUACUUAGACUCACUGCCAGUAGGGUCAUUUUUAGACGUAAAGGGUCCUUUAGGUCACAUUGAAUAUACAGGUAGAGGGAAUUUCACGGUCCACGGCAAACCAAAGUUUGCCAAAAUGCUGGCAAUGCUGGCCGGUGGGACAGGGAUCACCCCAAUUUAUCAAGUCAUCCAAGCCAUCUUGAAGGACCCCGAGGACGAGACGGAGAUGUACGUGGUGUACGCGAACCGAACCGAGGAUGAUAUUUUGCUGAAAGACGAGCUCGACGGUUGGGCAAAGAAGCACGAUCGAUUGAAAGUGUGGUACGUGGUCCAAGAAUCUGUAAGGGAAGGAUGGGAAUACACCUUGGGUUUCAUCACCGAAAGCAUCUUGAGGGAGCAUAUACCGGAGGGCUCGAACGACACUCUUGCGUUGGCUUGUGGGCCGCCGCCCAUGAUUCAGUUUGCAGUGCAACCUAAUUUGGAGAAGCUGAAGUAUGAUGUCAAGGAUUCUUUGUUGGUUUUUUAGAGAAAAAAA